AUGAAGCGCAAUAUUGUAGUUUUGUUGCUGCCCCUCUUGGGAAUCUGCUCCGCUUACACUUACAGUAAGUAUGGACGCCAACAUCUGAAUUCAUGUUUUUAUCAGCAGCAAGUUUGUACGUGUCAGGAUUUUAGUUGUUUUUUUCUUCAUGUAAGAUAAACAGCUGAAAUAAUGAACCAUUUACCCUCAGCUGGCAAAAGUUCAUAUUUGAGCAUACUAGUCACUAUUAAACCAAAAAGGGGCCACUGAAAUCUUUUUCCUCCAGAAGCUAUAAACCCUGUAAAAUGUAUAUUAUGUGAGCUAUACACUACAGGCCAAAAGUUUAAAUCCAGCAUGAGUUUUAUGUAUUUUGGGAUUUAUUUACUCCAUGAUCAGAUGUUGCUUUCAAGGAAAUGCACCAUUUUACUCCAUUUACCUUUAGAUAUACAUUGAUGUUAACAGACUAUUGCUAAAUAUAUGUCAGCAAAGAAUAAUAAGGGCUUAGUUUUAGGGUUGAAAACAUUUGCAAGAGUCACAACUUCCGUGAAAAAGCAAACAAACAAAUCACAGUUGAAUUAUUCACUUCAACUUUUUGGCUUUUGAGAGUCUGCAUACAAAAAUCCUAAUAAGUCUCAACUGCAUUCAAACUACCGCAAAAAUGGCUAGAAGGAAGCAACUGAGUAAAGAAACAAAAGUACAGAUUUGUACAUUGAGGGAAGAAGGAUACACAGAAAGAGAAAUUGCAAAACGCCUAAAGGUGUUUAACAAAGGAGUCCACUACACUCUGGAGAGACUAGAGGAACCUGGAAGUUAUGAUAACAGAAAAAGACCUGGACGAAAGAGAGUUACUACAAAAGCAGAGGAUAAACAUAGCAUUGUCACCAGUAAGAGAGAUCGGCAAGACAGCACCAAAAAUAAGGGAGGAAAUCAACAUGACAAGGUCGAAACCCAUAUCUCUGACAACCGUGAAAUGACGUUUGAGAAAGGCUGGUCUGACGGGUUGUGUAUCUGCAAAAAAAAAACCACUAUUUCGUCCACAGAACAAGAAAAAUAGAUAUGAGUGGGCAAAAGCUCACAAAAAUUGGACUUAUGAUGACUAGAAACAAGUUUGCACUGUUUGUUUCAAAACGCAGAGUCAAUGUCCGCAGACAAACUGGUGAACCUCCGAAAGCACCAUGUGUUACACCCACAAUUCAGCAUGGAGGUGGUACUUCCAUGGUCAAAACAAAUCAAAACCCACCUCAACAGUAACAACCUAUAUGAACAGUUCCAAUCAGGAUUCCGCACCCACCACAGCACUGAAACUGCCCUCAUAAAAGUGACAAAUGACCUCCUCAUCUCCGCUGACUCUGGCCAACUCUCCAUCCUCAUCCUCCUCGACCUCUCCGCUGCUUUCGACACCAUCGACCAUGCCAUCCUUCUGUCCCGCCUACACUCCCUCCUCAAUAUCACAGACACCGCUCUUAACUGGAUCCACUCUUACCUCACAGACCGGAAUCACUUCAUCCAUAUUAACAACUGCUCCUCCACAACCGCCCCCGUGUCCCAAGGUGUCCCCCAGGGUUCGGUGCUUGGUCCCCUCCUCUUCAUCAUCUACCUCCUCCCUCUUGGCCACAUCCUCCAUCAACACAACCUCCACUUCCACUGCUAUGCUGAUGACAUUCAAUUAUAUAUCUCCUCCAACUCCAUCACCCCCCAGACCCAACGCUCCCUCUCAAACUGCCUCUCUGACAUCAAACACUGGAUGGACAGCAAUCUUCUUAAACUCAAUUAUGACAAAACAGAUCUCAUCAUCAUUGGCCCAAACUCCCUCACCCCCACAGUCACAAACUUUCAUCUCUCCAUCAACAACUCCAUCCUCUCCCCCUCCUCCCACUGUCGCAACCUUGGCAUUCUCUUCGACAGCAACCUCUCCUUCACCCAACACAUUAAGCAAAUCACUAAAACAGCCUAUUUCCACCUCAAAAACAUUGCCCGCCUCCGCCCCUCCCUCUCCUACCCUGCAGCUGAAACCCUUAUACAUGCAUUCAUUUCAUCUCGUCUAGAUUACUGCAACAGUCUCUUUUAUGGCACCACCUCCACUCUCCUCAACAAACUUCAGCUUAUUUUAUUUUCAUAUUCAUUUUUAUUAUUUCAUCGUUCUUGUAUUAUUCUAUUCUAUUGUAUUAUUUUAUAAUGGUAUUUUUUCUUGUGUUAUUUUAUUGCUUUUAUGUAAAGCACUUUGGGUACCAUUUGGGAUAUUGUAAAGUGCUAUAUAAAUAAAAUUUGAUUGAUUGAUUGAUUGAUUAUCCAGAACUCAGCCGCCCGCCUCCUCACCCACACACGCUCCCAUCAACACAUCACCCCCGUCCUCCAAAACCUUCACUGGCUCCCCAUACCCCAUCGCAUUCAAUACAAAAUCCUCCUCCUCACCCACAAAGCACUCCACAACCUCGCCCCCCCCUACCUACAGGAUCUUCUCCACCCCUACAUCCCCUCCCGCACCCUCCGCUCCGCCAAUGCCAACCUCCUCACAGUUCCCCUGACCAAGCACCGAACCUGGGGGGACAGAGCCUUCUCAGUCGCCGCCCCCACCCUCUGGAACUCACUCCCACUUGAACUCAAAAACUGCACUGACCUCACCAGAUUCAAAACCCUUCUCAAAACCCACCUCUUCCGCACUGCCUUUCAUCCCUCCUAACCCCCCCAUUAGAUUUUACCUGAUUCUACAUGUUUUUAUUGACAUUGUCGUAAAUUUUAUUACUCAUUUAUGUGUGUUUUAUUGUUAAUUGAUUUUACCUGAUUACAUGUUUUUAUUAUAUUGCCGUAAAUUUUCUUACUUAUUGAUGUGUGUUUUUACUGCUUACUCUGUACAGCGUCUUUGUGUCUUUGAAAAGCACUUUACAAAUAAAAUGUAUUAUUAUUAUUAUUAUUAUGGUAUGGGGAUGUUUUGCAGGUGAUAGAGUAGGAGAUUUGUUUGACGUAAAGGGUAUCAUGAAGAAGGAACAGUACCACUCCAUCCUCCAGCACCAUGCUGCUCCAUCUGGACUCAGACUUGUGGCUCAUAAGUUUGUUUUGCAGCAAGACAAUGACCCUAAGCACUCUGCCAAGGUCUGUCAGGGUUACCGAGACAAAAAAGAAGAGGGAGGUGUUCUUCAAAAGAUGGUUUGGCCCCCUCAGUCUCCAGACCUUUCUCAAUUUAGCUUGUGCGGGAUGAAUUGGAUCGGUCGGUCAGAAAAACGCUUCCCAUGAAUGAGCAGUCUCUUUUUAAUGAACUUAAGAAGGUUGGAUUGCAAUCCCUGGAACAUACCUUAGAAAACAUGUGGAACGAAUGCCUGGUAUAUGCCAAGCUGUUGUUAAAGCCAGAGGAGGUUACUUUAAAGAAAGCAAAGCCGAAGCAACAAUAACUCAAAUACCUAAUAAUUAUAGUCAAAAUGUCUUCUGAUAAGUUACUCUUUACACAAUAGUCAUGUUUAUUGUGUUGCAAAUUAUAUAUAUGAAACUAUGAUCUUUUUUUGUACAAAUCUGUUCUUGCUUCCAAACUUUUGGCCUGUAGUGGACUUCAUAAUAACAAACCAAUAAUUAAUUAAGGCAUGUGCAAAAACUGUAAAUAAAUCUGUAUUGGACUGAGUUUAAUUAAACGUUAUAUUUCCGUAACAGAAAAUGUAGCCCUGCGUGGCAAAGCAACACAGUCCCACCGCUAUGAGCACAGCUUUGGGAGUGCCUACGCUGCCAUCGAUGGAAACCGUGACGCGACCUUCUCAGCCGGUUCAUGCACCCACACUGCACAAAUGACCAACCCCUGGUGGAGGUUGGACCUGCUGGACCGCUACAUCAUCACCUCCAUCGUCAUCACCAACAGAGGAGACUGCUGUGAAGAGAGGAUCAAUGGGGCUGAGGUCCGCAUUGGUGACUCUCUACAAGAUAACGGUGUUAUAAACCCAGUGUGAGUGUUAUUAACGCUACAACAAACCCAACACUACAGUGUAUUUUAUUUUUCUAAUUCACAGAUUUGGCAUCUGCAACAUCAGUGCUAUCCUGUACUGUCCUGCACUGCAUUAGUAAAACACUGACCACUAGAGUUUCUGUGUCUCUUCCAGGGCUGCUGUCAUUGAAAAGAUUGCUGCAGGGAGCUCACUCACUCUGACUCCGGAAGGUACAAUGGCUGGACGUUAUGUGACAAUCGUCGUUCCUGGUGCUGACAAAUAUCUGACACUCUGUGAAGUGGAGGUCUUUGGGUACCUUGCACCAACCGGUGAGUGAGAUUUUUGUCAAUGCUGAUCAACUCAAUUUACAGCUGCCUUGACACUCAUAACAUCCUGGACAAGUUCCAAUCUGGUUUUCUUUAAUCUCAUAUCACAGAAUUAGCACAUCUUACAGUUUUUAACGACCUUUUGCUUAGCAGUGAUGAAGGAAAAUGUUCUGUGGUAGUUUUAUUGGAUCUCAGCACAGCUUUAGACACUGUGAAUCAUUGUAUUUUAUUAUUUUAGUGGGUGGGUUUUUCUGGCUCAGCCUUGGACUGGUUCAAAAAUCACUGUUGUGACUUUAUGGUGGGUGAGAAACCACACAAGUUCAAGUUACAACAUUAUAUAUCUGUUUUUUUUUUUUUCAGGAGAGAACCUUGCUCUCAAAGGAAAAGCCUCACAGUCAACAAUGUAUCAAGACGGCAUGGCGUCCUUUGCAAUAGACGGAAAUAAUGACAGCCUUUGGAGUCACAAGUCCUGCAGUCACACAAACAACAACUUCGCCCCCUGGUGGCGUUUGGAUCUGAUUAAAACCCACAAAGUGUUUUCUGUUAAGAUUACAAACCGCCAAAAUCCUGAGGCCUUUACACGUCUGAAUGGAGCCGAGCUCCGCAUCGGGGACUCACUGGAAAACAACGGCAACAACAAUCCAAGGUAAUAUUCUGUGUAUGUUAACUUAAACCACCCUGUAUGAGAAAAGUCACUGAACGAGUUUACAUGUUCAUGCCAAAGGAGGAAAAGUUUUAGUGCUAAAUGCUUAAGUGAUGUCAAAUCAAAGAGGUCAGAGGUGUGAAGCUGAAUUUGUUAUUUCCAAAAAUAUUUUAAUAAAAAUCUAAAUGUGUCAAAAAACAUAGGAUAGGCCAUAUUGUAGGUACCCCGAACAAGAGUAACAGACAUAGUAAUGGCAUAUGUAUCAGUGUGUUGACUUAUGUCUGACUUUGACUUUUUCAUUUUUCAGGUGUGCUGUGAUUAAUGUCUCAGCUGGUGCUACUGUUGAAUUCCAGUGUAAUGGCAUGGACGGUCGCUUUGUUAACGUAGUUAUCCCUGGAAAGGAAGAGUACCUGACUCUGUGUGAGGUGGAGGUCUACGGCUCUGUCCUGGAUUAGGCUUGAAAGCUUCUUCCUCAACCUAACUUCAGCCCAUGUUGCAUGUUUUUUACAAACUUAUCGCUGCUGUAUAAGUUUGAUUGUCCACAUGAAAAAUAACAAAUAAAAUAUGGGUUUCAAUCUCACACUCAUUUAUGUUUGAUUUGAUCUGUCUUUUCUGCCUCAGCCUAAGAGAUGAAGCCCAUUAUGGUGUGGCCACCUACACAGGUGGACAAAAUUGGUACCCCACGGUUAAUGGAAGAAAACCCACAAUGGUCACGGAAAUAACUUGAAUCUGACAAAAGUAAUAAUAAAUAAAACAUUUAUGCAAAUGAACGAGUGAACAUUGAAAUGUGGUUUAACAGAAUUAUAAAAAAAAAAAAACUCAUUAAACAGGUCUGGACAAAAAUUAUGGCACCCCUAGAAAAGACUGAAAAUAAUGUGACCGAAGGGACAUGUUAAUUCAAGGUGUGUCCACUAAUGAGCAUCACAGGUGUCUACAAUCUGGUAAUCAGUCAGUGGGCCUAAAUAUAGGGCUAAAGGUAGUCACUGUGCUGUUUGGUGACAUGGUGUGUACCACACUCAACAUGGACCAGAGGAAGUGAAGGAAAGAGUUAUUGCAGGUGAUUAAAAAGAAAAUUAUAGACAAGCAUGUUAAAGGAAAAGGCCAUAGCCAACCUUGACAAGCAACAAAGCUUCUGGGAGAAUGUCCUAUAGUCAGAUGAGACAAAAAUGGAACUUUUUGCCAAGGCACAUCAGCUCUAUGUUUACAGACUGAAAAAAGGAAGCAUAUCAAGAAAAGAACACUGUCAGUACUGUGAAAUAUGGAGGAGGCUCUGUUAUGUUCUAGGGCUGCUUUGCUCCAUCUGGCACAGGGUGUCUUGAAUCUGUGCAGGGUACAAUGAAAUCUCAAGACUGUCAAGGGAUUCUCAAGAGAAAUGUGCUGGCCAGUGUCAGAAAGCUUGGUCUCAGUCGCAGGUCGUGGGUCUUGCAACAGGAUAAUGACCCGAAACACACAGCUAAAAACACCCAAGAAUGGCUAAGAGGAAAACAUCGGACUAUUCCAAAGUGGCCUUCUAUGAGCCCUGACCUAAGUCCUAUUGAGCAUCUUUGGAAGGAGCUGAAACAUGCUGCCUGGAAAAGGCACCCUUCAAAGAAACACUUCUGUUACAGACACUUGUCUUACUUUGUUAAAGCGGUUUACCUGUCCAGCAGAAAGAUAACAGGGUCUGUAAGGGUGAUCUACCUCCUUAUUAAGCUUCCGUUAUUCCUCCAGAGUCUCCGGUAUUUACUUUGUUUUCUUGCUUGUGUCGGCAGUCGUGGCCAAAGGAGGAUUCAGACAAUUUUCCAAACUUUCUGGUUGGUUUCUACUGUCCGAUAUUGUAGCAUGCUAACUUUGUUUGGGCACGUGAGCGACACGAGGGAGCAGCGUCUGCCUCACAACCAAUCAGGUCGGGAGGUGGAAGACGGCUUUGUUUACAGUCAGAAAGAGCGGGCCGCUCAAAAAACUUUAAAUGUUGACUACACAGACAGAACAAAACACAGAGAUAUCAUUAUAUUCCCUAAUGUUAUCAAUAACUAAUAGCUUUAGACUGAUAUUAAAAGGUUUUUUGUAUGUAAAACACAAAAAAAGAUGCUUCUUUAAUAAAAUCCUGCCUACCCCACCUUUAAGGGUACCAUCAUUUUCGUCCGGGCUGUUUCAUGAGUUUAUAUUUUUCAAAUAACUCUGUUGAAGCAUGGUUAAAAAGCAAAGUCUGACUUUUAUUGGUUAAUUUUCAUAGAUUUUUUUUACUUUUGUCUGAUUCAAGUUAUUUCUGUGACCAUUGGGAGUUUUUCUUUCAUUAACCGGAGGGUACCAACAAUUUUAUCCACGAGUGGAUGUAGUAAAAGCACCAGUAGUUAGAUGUUAACAGGGUACUGCAGACUGGCUAUGAUAAGUCUACAUUAAUAAAAGUUUAUUUGUACCUGAAAUAACAGAAGAAUAUCAUGUCUCUAACAGCCUCUCCUCACAGCUCCAGCACCUCCUAAAAGACAGAAAACAGACAUUAAACUGUUAGGUUAGCAGGCUACAUCAUUCAUCAUCAAAUCAACACCGUUUUAGCUAGCUUAACCAAAGUACGUGAUGAAGCCAAAAUCAAUCCACAACAAAGCAACAACAUCACAAAAGUGUUCAAAAACAAACAUGGAUAUUCUCUUUAAUAUGUUACAUAAAUAAAAGGAGUUUUUACCGUGAAAAAGAACUUAGUUUAUGUGUUUCAUCGAAGCUCAUAAUGAGUCCUCUUAGCACAGUAGCCUGGCACAGGGGCAAGCCGUCAGUUCUGCAGGAGUCCAGCAGAGGGCGCCAUACUACCAUCGGUGCUGCAUUCCCAAUACUCAGUACAACAACGACAAUUAAUGAAGGAUUUUGGCAAAGUUACUCAUAAAACACAAAAAUCUGUGCCAAGAAUAACAAUGAAAAUACAAAAGAGAUAUUUGUGUUGAAUUUUUAUCGAAAAUCUGUUAUAUUUAUACACACAGAAGUGAUGUAAACAUGGAUGAUAUCACCAUUAUAUUACUUAGCUGCUUACCCUCACUCAAACCAGGUUAUACAGGUUAAAACACAAGUUACUGAAAAUAUUUAGCAAGAAAAUAGAUAGAUAGAUAGAUAGAUAGAUAGAUAGAUAGAUAGAUAGAUAGAUAGAUAGAUAGAUAGAUAGAUAGAUAGAUUUCACGCACAAGGCAGACUCAAUGUGCCUCACAACAGAUAUAUAUAGUUAAAAAUAAAAGUUAAAAUCAAUUAGAAAUCAAUUUAAGAGUGUAAGUGCCAGUAGAGAACUUCAUUGCAUGCACACCUAAACUUGUACAUGCGCACGCACGCACUCACAUGAAGACACACACACACACACACACACACACACACACACACACACACACACACACACAGUUCAAUAGAAUGCCACAAAAAAAAGAUACCAUACCAGUUUGCAUACAGGACAAAACGGGGAACAGAGGAUGCAGUCGCAUGUCUCCUCCACCCCCUCCUGCACCAUCUCGAAUCACCUGGCACCUUUGCAACAAUCCUCUUCAUUGACUUCAGCUCAGCAUUCAAUACUAUACAGCGGCACCAGAUGCUCAGGAAGCUCCAAACCCUCAACCUGUCUCCACUCCUCAUCCGAUGGAUCCACAACUUCCUCAGUAACAGACCACAGGCUGUUAGAAUCGGUUCAUCCACCAGAAUCACCAACACCAGCGCCUCCCAGGGGUGUGUUCUCAGUCCAUUUCUGUACACCCUCUACACCAAUGACUGCACCAGCCCCUCACCUGUCACCACAUACUUCAAAUAUUCAGUUGAAACUGCCAUUCUUGCUCUCCUCAAGGACAAUAACUCUGUAACUUCUUACCACCAGUCUGUCACCCACUUCACCAAGUGGUGCUCUGACAACUCUCUGGAGCUGAAUGUGGACAAGACAAAACAACUACUCAUACACACACAAUCACACACCCCGGACCUGGCACUCACUACCAUACACAACACAGCAGUUAAACGUGUUGAUAACUUCAAAUAUCUUGGACUCACACUUGACAUUAACUCACUUUCGAACAACAUGUCACCGAUAUCCAUAAACGUUCCCAGCAAAGACUCCACAUCCUCCGCAAGCUCCGUUCCCUGUCUGUCAAACCAAAACUACUCCUACUGUUAUACACCACCAUCAUUCAACCCAUACUUCUGUACUGCUCCCCCUGUUACUUUAACAUGCGGUCCAUCACUAACAGAAAUAAACUCACCAAGGUCACCCACACAGCAUUCAAAAUCAUCAGCCUGUGUCUGUGAAAAUGAAUUUCCAAAGCCAAAUUGUUCUCGAUAAUUGUGGGAUUUUCUCCACUUCCUGGAACCACCACUUGUGCAGUGACGUUGUACGCAUUCGUCAGGAAUAAAAAUGUAUAUUCCGUGUAAUUAAUUCUCAAGGCGAGAUUUAUGACCUAUAUGGCAGUCUGUCACCGAAGGGUGCUGUUCUCGUGGCAGCUUCACCCAGAGAGGAGGCAGACAGCGUCUAUUCUAUAUAAAGUUUAUGCUUGGAACAUAAUAUCGCUGAAGGGCAGCAUCUAACUGUUCAAUAUCUGGUCAACACAACUUCUCGUGGCAGUUAUGAGUUAAGAGUUACACCAUCUCUAGAAACAUAUGUGUGGGGGUGUAGAGAUCAAAAGUACAGAGAAAGUUUACUCUUUAUUUUCCACACCCUAUUGCGUGAGAUUUUGACAAAUCUAGGAAAUAAUUUACUCUCGAUCAAUGAAAAAACUUCGAUGAACUCUAGUAAUAGAGCCAAGAACAUCUGGGUAAACAGUUCUGUUGUCUCAGCUGAAGUCAGGUGUUUGUUUUACUGCCUCUGUGAAGGUGUUUUGAUCAGUACAGUCACGUCGCUAUCGGGAAAUCCAAGACUUGGCAUCGUAAACUUAGUUAUUCCUGGAAGAACGUCGUACCUGGCUCUUUGUGAGGUGGAAGUCUACGGCUCCAGACUGGAUUAGGUCAUUCUAUACUGCAGCCGUGUGCUCUUUUAAUAACUUUAAUUCCUAGUUUGUCAUCAUUAGAGAGAGUAGCAACAGUUUGAUAACUCAAACAGUCCCUGCUUCUACCACCAGGGGGCAGAAAAGCUCAGAGAAGCAGUCAUCUGGACUUUGUUUUAGUUCAUCUCCUUUACUCUGCUGUGCUUGAAUCGCACCUGAAACUUACAUUUUAAUCAUAUCGUCUGUGUCCGAAAUGGAUCCCUAACCCCUAUAUAGGUGACUAUAUAGGGGUUAGCGCCAUUUUGAGGGGUGUUUGAAACCUGAGUGAUCAAUUCCAGCGCCCGAUAUAGGCGACUCAAAAUUUCCCAUAAAGCAUUGCAAAAUGUAGUGACCAUCCGAUGGUCACUCACCAGUGGUGGGAAUCCCGUCAUGCAUUGCAUCUUGCCAUGUAGAAUCUGAAACCUCCGGUGAUUAAGUUCACUACAUAGCCAACUAUAUAGUGAAACCCCAUAUGGGGGUUAGGGGUUAGGGAUUGAGUGAUUCAUUUCGGACACAGCGAUAGUCAUCUUUAGAGACAUCAACAGCUGUUAAAGCUGCAUUUAGACAAUUUUUGAUCACCGGAAAAAAACUGAAAAAAAUCCUAAAAGCUUCCAGUCUGAGAUGUUUAAUAGAUGUUAACCAAUCUUAUUUUAAGCUCGGGUUAUGUGUUUAGGACCUCUCAAAUCUUAUCUUGGCUACUUUAAGUUUUGCAUUUGUUUGAAUCAAGUUUUUUUCCCCUGCAAUCUCAUGUUUUGACCACCAGGGGGCAGAAAGACUUAACAUGAAGCCACUUGGGGUUCUUCGCUUCUUUCCUUACAGCCACCAUGAAAGUUAAAGGGAGAUAGUUAAGAGCAUAUUCAAAGCUGGACUCAGACAAUGUUUGGCCACCAAGGGGCAGAAAGACGUUUGGGGUUCUUAGCUUCUUCCUUUACAGCCGCAGUCAGACAGUCUUUUGGCCAGUGACGUUGUACGCAUUCGUUAGGGAUAAAAAUGUAUAUUCCGUGUAAUUAAUUUUCAAGGUGAGAUUUAUGACCUAUAUGGCAGUCUGUCAACGAAGGGUGCUGUUCUCGCAGUGGCUUCACCCAGAGAGGGGGCAGACGGUGUUCAUUCUAUAUACAGUUUAUGCUUGGAACAUAAUAUCGCUGAAGGGCAGCAUCCAACUGUUCAAUAUCUGGACAACACAACUUCUCGUGGCAGUUAUGAGUUAAGAGUUACACCAUCUCUGGGCACAUAUGUGUGGGGGUGUAGAGAUCAAAAGUACAGAGAAAGUUUACACUUUUUUUUGCACACCCUAUUGCAUGAGAUUUUGACAAAUCUAGGAAAUUAUUUACUCUCGAUCAAUGAAAAAACUUAGAUGAACUCUAGUAAUAGAGCCCGGAAAAUCUAUGCAAACAGUUAUGUUGCCUCGGCUGAAGUCAGGUGUUUGCUUUACUGCCUCUGUGAAAGUGUUUAAAUAAAGUCUUUUUUUCUCAGGAGGUUCUGUUGGAUCAGUACAGUCACGUCGCUGUCAGGAAACCCAAGACUUGGCAUCACAUGAACUUUGACCCCUUCGAACCAGAUGGCAUGAGGAGCACUGUGAUUUGUGGUAAUGGGAGUGGACUCCAUGAUGUACUGUGACUGGAUAAACAGCUUGGUCUAAAGGGUAUAUAAAGAAAUACUAAAAUCUGAUCAGCACAGCAGCAGUGCUUUUGGACCAGCAUUUCAUUUUGCUUCCAGAGUCAGGGUAAACAUUUCAUUUUGUAUUUUUCUCAUGAUUUAAAACUGCAAAUUGUCAUGAUAUGUUCUGUUGAUUUAAUUUUUCCCUGGUUUUGUGUUUUGACUGUAUUUUCUGUGUAUUUUCCCUUGUGCUCCUGUUCCCCUGUGAUCCAGUCUUGUGAGUUUUCAGUUUGUGUUUCAUCCCAUUUCCCUCCUGUUCUGUGUUUUUUUCUUUAGAUCAGUUUUUUAGUACUUCCUGUUUUAUUUUGUAGUCGUUUAAUCUUUUGUCUUUUCUGUCUCAGGCAGAGCAAUGAAGCGCAAUAUUGUAGUUUUGUUGCUGCCCCUCUUGGGAAUCUGCUCUGCUUACACUUUCAGUAAGUAUGGACGCCAACAUCUGAAUUCAUGUUUUUAUCAGCAGCAAGUUUGUACGUGUCAGGAUUUUGAUUGUCUUUUUCUUCAUGUAAGAUAAACAGCUGAAAUAAUGAACCAUUUACCUUCAGCUGGCAAAAGUUCAUAUUUGAGCAUACUAGUCACUAUUAAACCAAAAAGGGGCCACUGAAAUCUUUUUCCUCCAGAAGCUAUAAACCCUGUAAAAUGUAUAUUAUGUGAGAUAUACUUCAUAAUAACAUGUGGCAUGUGAAAAAACUGUAAAUAAUCUAUAUUAGACACACUGAGUUUAGAUAAACGUUAUAUUUCCGUAACAGAAAAUGUAGCCCUGCGUGGCAAAGCAACACAGUCCCACCGCUAUGACCACAGCUUUGGGAGUGCCUACGCUGCCAUCGAUGGAAACCGUGACGCGACCUUCUCAGCCGGUUCAUGCACCCACACUGCACAAAUGACCAACCCCUGGUGGAGGUUGGACCUGCUGGACCGCUACAUCAUCACCUCCAUCGUCAUCACCAACAGAGGAGACUGCUGUGAAGAGAGGAUCAAUGGGGCUGAGGUCCACAUUGGUGACUCUCUACAAGAUAACGGUGUUAUAAACCCAGUGUGAGUGUUAUUAACGCUACAACAAACCCAACACUACAGUGUAUUUUAUUUUUCUAAUUCACAGAUUUGGCAUCUGCAACAUCAGUGCUAUCCUGUACUGUCCUGCACUGCAUUAGUAAAACACUGACCACUAGAGUUUCUGUGUCUCUUCCAGGGCUGCUGUCAUUGAAAAGAUUGCUGCAGGGAGCUCACUCACUCUGACUCCGGAAGAUAAAAUGGCUGGACGUUAUGUGACAAUCGUCAUUCCUGGUACUGACAAAUAUCUGACACUCUGUGAAGUGGAGGUCUUUGGGUACCUUGCACCAACCGGUGAGUGAGAUUUUUGUCAAUGCUGAUCAACUCAAUUUACAGCUGCCUUGACACUCAUAACAUCCUGGACAAAUUCCAAUCUGGUUUUCUUUAAUCUCAUUUCACAGAAUUAGCACAUCUUACAGUUUUUAACGACCUUUUGCUUAGCAGUGAUGAAGGAAAAUGUUCUGUGGUCGUUUUAUUGGAUCUCAGCACAGCUUUAGACACUGUGAAUCAUUGUAUUUUACUUAUUUUAGUGGGUGGGUUUUUCUGGCUCAGCCUUGGACUGGUUCAAAAAUCACUGUUGUGACUUUAUGGUGGGUGAGAAACCACACAAGUUCAAGUUACAACAUUAUAUAUCCGUUUUUUUUUUCAGGAGAGAACCUUGCUCUCAAAGGAAAAGCCUCACAGUCAACAAUGUAUCAAGACGGCAUGGCGUCCUUUGCAAUAGACGGAAAUAAUGACAGCCUUUGGAGUCACAAGUCCUGCAGUCACACAAACAACAACUUCGCCCCCUGGUGGCGUUUGGAUCUGAUUAAAACCCACAAAGUGUUUUCUGUUAAGAUUACAAACCGCCAAAAUCCUGAGGCCUCAACACGUCUGAAUGGAGCCGAGCUUCGCAUCGGGGACUCACUGGAAAACAACGGCAACAACAAUCCAAGGUAAUAUUCUGUGUAUGUUAACUUAAACCACCCUGUAUGAGAAAAGUCACUGAACGAGUUUACAUGUUCAUGCCAAAGGAGGAAAAGUUUUAGUGCUAAAUGCUUAAGUGAUGUCAAAUCAAAGAGGUCAGAGUUGUGAAGCUGAAUUUGUUAUUUCCAAAAAUAUUCUAAUAAAAAUCUAAAUGUGUCAAAAAACAUAGGAUAGGCCAUAUUGUAGGUACCCCGAACAAGAGUAACAGACAUAGUAAUGGCAUAUGUAUCAGUGUGUUGACUUAUGUCUGACUUUGACUUUUUCAUUUUUCAGGUGUGCUGUGAUUAAUGUCUCAGCUGGUGCUACUGUUGAAUUCCAGUGUAAUGGCAUGGACGGUCGCUUUGUUAACGUAGUUAUCCCUGGAAAGGAAGAGUACCUGACUCUGUGUGAGGUGGAGGUCUACGGCUCUGUCCUGGAUUAG